UUCGCUUCCGGGUCAAACAGAACCUCCUGCUCUCCGGGAGGAGUGGAGGUGCCCCGCUGUCCACGUUAUCUUCUCCCAGAGCGAUCGAGCCUUAAGAGUCCAGAGGCGAGAAACUACGUCUCUCCCAGGCAAAGAAAGACGAGCCCUGGGCACGGGCAGCAGCUGGGCCGCGCCGGGGAGGGCCGGCGGCUCUGCCCCUUCGCUCGCAGCGGUCUGGGGACUGGGUGCCGGCGCUGAGGGGCCCCCAGCGCACCGCCAGCCCCUUCCCUGGCUCCCCUGCCCACCCUGCCGGGGAGGGCGGAAGAUGCCAGUGAAGAAGAAGAGAAAGUCCUCCGCGGUGGCAGCGGCAGUAGCGGAAGACGGAGGCCUCAAGAAGUGUAAAAUCUCCAGCUAUUGCAGAUCCCAACCCCCUGCUAGACUAAUAAGUGGAGAGGAACAUUUUUCAAGCAAGAAGUGCCUGGCUUGGUUUUAUGAGUAUGCAGGUCCUGAUGAAGUUGUAGGGCCAGAAGGAAUGGAAAAAUUUUGUGAAGACAUUGGUGUUGAACCUGAAAAUAUUAUUAUGUUAGUUUUAGCGUGGAAAUUGGAGGCUGAAAGCAUGGGAUUUUUUACCAAGGAAGAAUGGUUAAAGGGAAUGACUUCAUUACAGUGUGAUUGCACAGAAAAGUUACAGAACAAAUUUGACUUUUUACGCUCACAGCUGAAUGAUAUUUCAUCGUUUAAGAAUAUAUACAGAUAUGCCUUCGAUUUUGCAAGGGAUAAAGAUCAGAGAAGCCUUGAUAUUGAUACUGCUAAAUCUAUGUUAGCUCUUCUGCUUGGGAGGACAUGGCCACUGUUUUCAGUAUUUUACCAGUACCUGGAGCAAUCAAAGUAUCGUGUUAUGAACAAGGAUCAGUGGUACAAUGUAUUAGAAUUCAGCAGAACAGUCCAUGCAGAUCUUAGUAACUACGAUGAAGAUGGUGCUUGGCCUGUUCUUCUUGAUGAAUUUGUUGAGUGGCAAAAAAUCCGUCAAACAUCAUAGCAAGAACUGUUGUGAAGAAAAUGCAAACUUUUUGAUUCCCAUAUGUAUACAAGCUAAUGAGUUGAGGGGAAAAGAUCGAAAGGGUGCAUUUUCAUUCAUACGAAAGACUGAUAGUAUUUUUUUUCCUUUUUUUUAAAGGAAGUUUCUUGUUACAUGUGAUGGGCAUUGAACCACACCUCUUCUGAGACUGAAUAUUGACAUUUUUGUUUCAAGUUAUGUUUUUAACAAUAAAGAUUCAGAUUUGUGACAAAGGCCUUAAAGUGAAGAUGUCC